AUGGGAGGCGACCUACUGUCUGAACUCAGCUCUCGAUCCUUCGCCAUCAACAUCAAGGGUAUUGACGUCUACACCGGCAACAAGAGUCUCGUUGCUCUUGAUCUUGCCGUCAAGAUUUCCGUCACUUUACACACGUCCCACGCGCGUCCGAUCCCGCUCUGCGAGUAUUCUCCCCCGUCAGCCAUCGAUCCCUCCGACCAUCGCUUUUACUGGGUCAACGGCCCCCAUGGCCCUGGCAACCGCCCGCACUUUCACGUCACAGUGAAUACGCUUGGUUCCGAGGAAGCUGGCAAGCACAUGUCAGAAGUCAACUAUAUCGAGGCCGUCUCUUUCUCUAAGACCGAGCAAGAGAUGGGCGUGCGACUAGCACAGCACCAGCGCGAGAGAAAGAAGCAAGCCAAGGAGUCCGCGAAGAAGGACAAGGCUGCCAAGAAGAAGGAACGUCAGUACCUUGGAAGACGAUACCAGCUGCGCCAGAAGAUGAAGAACAUCGGCACACUCAUCAAGGAUACACUGAACAUCGCUCCCUGCCAGCCCAAGCACCGCGAGAACAACAACUACGAGCCACUCGCUCUCGAUUCGGACAAUGAGGACCCUGCCAUCUACUCGAACAUUAUCCCCAACGUACCAUACAUGGCUUGA